AUGGCAGAGUCAGCAGUGAGUCUUGUAAUUGACAAGUUGGCUCCAUUGCUAGCUCAAGGGGUGCAACUAUUGAAAGGUCUUUACAAUGAAGUUGCAGAUAUCAAAGAUGAUCUGGAAGCCAUCAGAGCUUUUCUGAAAGAUGCAAACUCAAAGGCUGAGAGAGAAGGUGUGAGCGAAAGUGUGAAACUAUGGGUAAACCAAGCAAGGGAAGUUGCUUAUCAGAUUGAAGAUGUCAUUGACGAAUAUAAUAUGCUUCAUGUGGCACAACAUCGUGAUCGGCGUGUAUUCGCGGGCUUCUUAACUAAAGUCUCUUCCUUGGUUCGGAAAUUGCCUCUACGCCACAAGAUCGCAUCAGAGAUUCAUGAUGUUAGAAAAACUCUUCACAGAAUCAAGGACAGAAGUGAAGGGUUCCGGUUCGCAUCUUCAGAGCAAGGAGGCUCAAGUAACAUUGUCUUGCAUGAUCCUCAAUCAGGUUCUCUUUUCAUUGAAGAUUCCGAGCUUGUUGGCAUUGAAUCUACAAAAGAUGAAUUGAUAAGCCUCUUGGUAAGCGGAGAAUGUCGAAGGACAGUGAUCUCGGUGGUUGGAAUGGGAGGAGUGGGAAAAACCACUCUUGCAAAGAAAGUAUAUGACAGCUACGUGGUGAAACAACACUUUCAAUGCCAUGCUUGGAUUACUGUGUCUCAAUCAUACGACAGGGUGGAACUCUUAAGGAGCACGUUAAAGAAAUUAUAUGAAGCUAAGAAAGAGCCUUUUCCUGAGGCCUUUGUCACAAUGGACGCUUUAUCGUUGAUUGAUGAACUUAGAAAAUAUUUACAGCAAGAACGGUAUUUAGUUGUAUUCGAUGAUGUGUGGGAAAUCCGCUUCUGGGGAGAUGUGGAGCAUGCCUUGGUGGAUAACAACAAAGGUAGCAAAAUACUGGCCACGACAAGAAAUGAGGAUGUUGCUAACUUUUGCAGGAGAUCUUCAUUGGUUCAUGUCUAUCAGAUGAAAUCUCUCCCUCAACGAGAAGCUUGGGAACUCUUCUGCAAAAAGGCAUUCAAGUUUGAUUUUGAAGGGAAUUGUCCAAAAGAUUUGGAGGAAUUGUCGCAAGACAUUGUUAGAAGAUGCGGAGGAUUGCCACUGGCAAUUGUGGCUGUUGGUGGACUUCUAGCGACCAAAGAAAGGGUCGUCCCAGAAUGGCAAAAAUUGGUCAAUAGUCUCGAUUCUACAAUGGCGAGCGAUCCUCAUGUUGAGAAUGUCACUAAAAUUCUCUCCCUCAGUUUUCACGACCUGCCUUACGACCUCAAAGCAUGUUUCUUGUAUUUCGGGAUGCUUCCCGAAGAUUUCUCCAUUAAACGUACAAGAAUAAUUCGGUUAUGGGUGGCUCAAGGUUUUGUACAAGAAAAACGAGGAUUGACAUUAGAAGAAGCCGCGGAAGAGUGCUUGAAUGGACUCAUUCGUCGAAGUCUAGUCCAAGUAGAUGAAGCUAGCAUGAAAGGAAUUCCCACAACAUGUCGAGUGCAUGAUCUGGUACGAGACGUCAUUCUUUCAAGGUCAGAAGAAUUAAGUUUCGGCCAUGUUUCUUGGAAUUCCUCAGCUUUGGAAGGCAUAGCACGACACAUGUCAAUAAGCAAGGGAGGAAGUGACCAUCCAAAGGGAAGCACCAGGUCUCAAACUCGCUCUGUCAUGGUCUUCUGCGGGGCAAAGCUGCAAAAGCAAAUAAUUGAUGCAAUAUUUGAAAAAUGUAUGCUUUUGACCACAUUAGAUUUUGAAAAGUGUCCGAUAGAUGAAAUUCCAAAAGAGUUGGGAAAUUUGCUACACCUAAAGUAUUUAAGCUUAAGAGAUACACUGGUGUCAAAUCUUCCAAAAUCAAUUGGAAAGCUGCAAAACCUAGAGUUCUUAGACUUGAGUGAUUCCUUGGUGGAAAGGUUGCCAGUUGAGGUUAACAGAUUCCCUAAAUUGCGAUAUCUUUUGGGUGAUCCUAAACGGGGUUGUGGGUUCGUUGUACGUGGUAGCCUGGGGCAGUUAGAGCUGUUGCAAACACUCUAUGUAAUUAAUGCAGGUUACCAUCAUGAACGGGAAUUACUUAAUGAGAUUGGGAUGUUGAAGCGAUUGAGGAAACUGGGGAUCAUGAAUUUGAAAACUGAAUAUGGAAGGGAUCUAUGCGUUGCGCUAGAGAAUAUGCCUCACCUGCGGUCGCUUUGGGUUGCUUCACAGGGUUCUGGGGUUGCAAUUCUUGACUUGCAGGCAAUGUCUUCUGCUCCUCUUUACCUCCAAUCUCUCAUUCUUUGGGGGAAAUUAGAAAGGCUGCCUGAGUGGAUUUCCAGACUCCACAAUCUAGCAAAAUUGAGAUUGACUUUUACUAUGUUGAUGGAUGCGGCUUGUAUGGGAUUGUUUGAUGUACUUCUCCUCAAUGCUAUAGAGCUAGCUAGUGCUGCCGCUGUUGAUGCUUUAAUUAGCUUCUCCAUUGAUGAGUACCUGUUGGCUGUCACCCAUCAUAUUUCUGCUCUCUGA